AUGUCCUCUGUAUCACCAUGUUUUGGAUACAACAGCGGUGGAAGUAGGGCUUGGUGGACGGAAGUGGUCGCAUCGACCCUCAUGGACUGUUCUCCAAACUCUGAUAUAAAACAAUUAGAACUUAUUGCUGAUAAUUUGUACGACUACUAUGCUACAACAGACCCCUGGAAGCUCGUGGAAGAUAGAAUAAUGGAUCUAUUCCGAAAACCUAAAAAGCGCAAUGUGACGACUCAGCUCGUUCGGAAGAAAGAAAGUUCCAGUGAUGAGGAGCCCGAAGACAGUGUGAAAGAUUUUGCGAAAAAGCGACGUCGCACAAACCCGAUGGUCCAGUCGACAAAAAAAGACGACACGAGACUCCAAAAUGUUUCUGAUAACUCUGACGACUCUGACGAUGAUGAUAAUCAGAGUAUAGCUGUAGCAACUCAUUCCUUCGCUGCAUCCGGAGAAGCAGGACCGUCGGGCCCUUCCGACCAAGGCGCAACUGCAACCCUUGAAGUGGACACUGACUAUUCACGAGAUGCUCAAGCUCAAUUCGAGCGAGUUCAACAGCAACUUAAAGACGGUGUAGAAAAAGAUGGGAAAAUUCUCUACAAGGGAUCUGCUCUGUAUGGUGCGAAAGAAGCCAAAGACACCGCAAAAGGAAAUGCUGCUAGUGGAUAUAAUCGAGUAGGACCAGUAAGAGCACCACAGUUUCUCCGUCAAACUGUUCGCUGGGAUUUCGCACCCGAUAUUUGCAAGGAUUACAAGGAGACUGGAUUCUGUACCUUCGGAGACUCUUGUAAAUUUGUUCAUGAUCGUUCCGACUACAAACAUGGAUGGGAAAUUGAUGAAGAAUACGAAGCCGGGAAGUAUGGUGUGGAAGAUGACACCGAUUACGAAAUCCGCGACCAAGAUGAUGCUUUCCCAGAAGACUGUUUCAUAUGCGGAAAACCGUUUGUUGAUCCAAUUGUCACCAAAUGCAAACACUAUUUCUGUACUGAUUGUGCGUUGAAAGCGUUUCAAAAGUCAUCCAAAUGUCCAGUGUGCCAUCAAAAUACAGAAAAAAUUAUGAAUGCAGCUAAAGACCUGAUAAACUUCCUCAAAAGAAAGAAAAAACAAGACAACGAGAAAUUUAUAACUCAACAGGAUAAUGAGGAAGAUGAUGAUACGGUGCGAGAAAAUUGUACAGAGGAACAUGAUCACAACCACCACAACCUCGAUCAGGAAGAUGGGAACCAAUCAGAAGAUAAUAUCAAUCUGGAUCAUUCUGAGAACAAUGCUAACGAUGAAGAACAAGAAAUCGUAAUGGAAGAUGUCGAAGGUCUUGAAGACGGAGAAAACAAUUCUGAAAGUGACAGCGAAGAAUCAGACGCUUGA